AAGGUUCCAAGACGGAAAAUGAGGUGGUGUUCCUCCAGUUUGUGCCUGGAAUUCUCCCGGCAGUGGAGGAGGCGGUUGUGUGGAGCCUAAAGGCAGAUUAGGUGACCGUUUCGCAGUAACCGCGACCUGCAUCUCCCCGGUGCCGGUCACUUCAACCACCCCCCCUUUUUGUUUUACUAUUUUACAAACGUUCAUUUGCUAAAAGCACGACAGAAGGAUAUCCAGCGCCAACCACUACUGCAACUAAUACAGAAAGAACUAGGCAGUCAGAAACUGACUACAGUAAGGUAACACUAACAACCGCUAAACGCACCCGCAAUACUUCAGGUGAGAAUCCCAUUCACAUUGUCCACGACACACGCGAUCCCGAGGGGCCCACCGAGCGCCGAACUCAACCAGGGGGUGCCCGCCGGAUACCGUGUGCUCCCCUCUCCGUUCAGCUCUCCCCCUGCCACACUAUCACAGAUAUGUCAGUCCUCCGCCUCCCCCCACUGCCGGGAGAAUUCCAAGCGCGAACUGGAGGAACCACCACCUCAUUUUCCGUCUUGGAACCUUGCAGCCUAAUGUCAUGAACAUUGAAUCCUCCCACUUGAGGUCACCCCCACUCCCUCCACAGCCAACCCCAACCAUGCCUCUUUACCUUUCCUUGCCUCUCUCUCUCUCUCUCUCUCUCUUCUACGCUCCUUUUAUCCCUCCUUACCUGUGACCCCCCCUCCCGGUAGAUCUGCUCUGCCCUCCUACCCCGCACCUGCCCAUCACGAUCUGUUACCUGCAUCUACCUAUCCCCACCCUGUGCCCACCCCGCCCUGUCCACCUAUCACUGCUCUGCUUUUCCCUCCUAUAUAUCGGGCUUCCCCGUUUUCCUACCUUCAGUCCUGAAGGAGGGUCCCGACUCAAAAGGUUGACCGGCUGCUUUUCUCCACGGAUGCCGGGGUCGGGGCGGCAGUGAGAGAGAGGAAACGCCCCGUCCACAGAGCUCCGUGCACCGAGCUGUUCACCUCUCCCUCUGUCAGAAUGUGACCUGGGGCAAGGGUCUUUCUUCCACCUCCUCUGUGUUUCCCGGAGAAGCACUCCAGAGGGGAAAGAGCUGAGGACAAUGCAGAGCCACAAAGCGCAAGGCAAUGUCAGAGAAGAUCCGGGGGUCAGGUAAGGCGCAGACACCUCCGCUUGCGUGUCAGACCACUUGCUCCUUGCUCCGCAGGCGUCCACUUCCCCCCCCCCAAUUAAACCCCCUCACCACUAACCCCAGCCCCUCCGACCGUGCUGUGUGAGUUGUCGCCCUGCAAAGACUGUAACGUGGAGAGUGCGAAUCGGAGGCGUGUGUGUGGCGGCGGGGGCAGGGAUGGGGACCGAGUUGCUUCGGAUGUUGACGGGACGUCCCAGAGCUGAGUUCCUGCAUUCAUCGCGGAGGGAAAACGGCGAGGGAGGAAAGAUCGGGGCAAGGAGCGAGAUAGUGUUGGAAGCCAAAGAUACCCCAAUGGUGUUCGCUCCACAACCUGUGGAUCAUUGUGGUCAUCUUCGUGACCGUCAUCCUGGUAGUCCAGGCACUGGGAAUCAGGGAUAUGAGGAUGAAGUAUGAAAAGGUACUGAAGCCUUGGAUUUUCCAAGUGAACAACAGGAUGCUGGAGAAAACCUGUCAACCCAAGACUCACCUAAUGUUCCUAAAGACACACAAGACAGCCAGCAGUACAGUGCUAAACAUCUUGUACCGCUUUGGGGACGCCAGGAACUUAACCUUCGCCCUCCCCUACCAAUACUACUUUGGCUAUCCCUACCUCUUCAAAGCAACAAUGGUUAAAUCUUACAGCCCUGAAAAGGCACAGAAGUUUCACAUACUUUGUCACCACAUGAGGUUCUAUAAGCCUCAGGUUGAGAAAGUGAUGCCAAAUGGGACCUUUUACGUGUCCAUCUUACGAAACCCAGUGACCUUGAUGGAGUCAUCCUUCACCUAUUACAAAGGGUCUUGCUCGGUCUUCAGGAAGGUGAAUUCACUGACGCAGUUCUUGGCCGAUCCGUGGAAAUACUACUCCCCAGACGGCCAUGACAACCAGUACGCCAGGAACACCAUGUGGUUUGACUUCGGUUUCGAUAACAACGCAAAUGACACGGAGGAGUACGUGGAUUUUGUCAUAAAUGAGAUCGAGAACACUUUCCACCUCAUCCUCAUCUCAGAGUACUUUGACGAGUCGAUGGUCUUGUUGAAAGACGCGCUCUGCUGGGAGUUUGACGACGUGGUUUCCUUCAAGCUGAAUGUCAGGAACAAAGUCACCGUGAGGUCGCUGUCCGAGGUGGAUGUGAAGCGAAUCAAGGCCUGGAACUCGCUGGACUGGAGGCUGUACCUACAUUUCAACCAGACCUUCUGGCAGAAGGUGGAGCAGUAUGGCCGUAAGAGAAUGGCGGAUGACGUCCUCGUUCUGCAGAGGGCAGGCAAAGAGUUAGGCGACCUCUGCCUGAAUGGAAGCAGGCCAGUAGACACCAGUCAGAUCCAAGACAAAAAGCUCAAACCCUACCAACAGGGCAAUGCUCGAAUUAUGGGCUACAAUCUCAACACAAACCUCGACGAAAGCACCUGGGAAAAAUGUAUUCGCAUGGUGACGCCUGAGCUGCAGUACAAGGACCGGUUGGAUGCCAAGCUCUUUCCCCCUUGAAACCUGAACUUAAAAGAUCCAAAGCUUUCCUUUAUCUGGGAAGCAGAUUCCUGCCACUGUCUGUAAGGAGUUUGUACGUUCUCCCUGUGUCUGCAUGGGAUUCCUCUGUUUGCUCCGGUUUCCUCCCAUCUUCCAAAGGUGUGCGGGUAGGUUAAGACGGGUUUAAAUGGGCGGUGCAGACUCGUUGGGCCGGAAGGUCCUGUUACCGUACUGUAUAAAUAAAGUUUAAAAAAAAUAAA